ACGGAAAACGCAUGGAUUAGUGUGUUUACAAUUCGCUUCAUCCUGGGCGCAACCGGCGUUAGCCUGCCUUCCAAGACAAAAGAACCAAUUUGCACUUGCAGUCUGAUGCUUAUUGGAGCACAUCGUUUCCUAUAAUAAUACCGGCCUAUUUCACUGUCUUAGUGCGGAAUUGACGGACUUGCUGUGUGUGUGAUAUCUGCUGCAGCGUCUGGCCAACCACCAUCUGUGGAAGUGGGACAAGGGAACAGAUGGCGCAUCCAACCCGGCCUGUAGGGCUGCUGACGCUGACUGUUGGGACAGGUUUGGGGAUGAGUGCCAAACAUUAACACAGGAUGUUGUCUUUCUCUAUUGUGCAGUACACUAGGCUAUAUUGUGCAGCCUUGACGAUGUCAGUGUGACUCGGACCAGGGCUUUUGACAAGAACCAUCGCAGAUUUGUCGACAUUGAUGAGCGACGAGUCGACCGCUUGCGUCAACUUAAUCCCCUUUUGACGCGUCUCUUGAUCGGUGAACAAUGGUUGACAACCGCUACGCUACAGCUCUGGUCAUCGCCUGUGUGCUGAGCAUACUGGCCACUGUGUAUCUGUCGGUGGCCGUCGGGACGCAGCACUGGUACCAGUACAGCAGCCCCACCGUCCGAGGAGAGGCCAACGUGUCUGAGCUGCGCUCCCUGUAUGAGGAGUUCAUGGAUGGGGAGUUUGAUGAGAAAACCUACAGCGACACACUGUUCCGCCUCAAUGGGACUGUGGGCCUGUGGUGGCGGUGUGUGCUCGUCCCUGCCAACGCGAACUGGUACAAAGAAACAGAUGCAAAGAUGGCGCUGGAGUGUCGAAGCUUCAGCCUAACUCAGCAGUUCACUCCCAAGUAUAAAGAACCCGGAAACCACAACAGUGGAGAGGACAUGCUGCGCACAUACUUGUGGAGGUUCCAGUUUCUGCUGCCGCUGGUGUCCCUGGGUCUGGUGGUGCUGGCGGGCCUGACUGGGUUCUGUGCCUGCCUCUGCCGAAGCCUCGCCCCCACCCUCGGCAUAGGGAUACUUCACCUGCUGGCUGGUCUCUGCACCUUAGCCACAGUGUGCUGCUACCUGGCUGGGAUGGACCUGCUCCACAGGGUGUCAAUGCUGCCUGAUAAGGUGGAUGGCUCCCUGGGCUGGUCCCUCUACUUGGCCCUCAUCUCCUCUCCGCUCCACAUGAUGGCCGCUGCACUGCUCGUGUGGGCGGCCCGCAGCCAUAGUCAGAACUACUACCGCAUGACCGCCUACAGGGUGGCAUAGACUGCGAUUCUGCAGUGAAUUCCUGCCCUGAUGAAAUAUGCCACUCAGACAACAAGAUGCUUUUUUUUUUAUAAUGGUCUCAGAGGAAUGGGAUGUGGGUUAAUCUAUGUGUUUUGCCCUCUGAUAGAUUAAAGUGCAGGCGCUCUAUGGUUAUGACCCUAUCUGCUGCAUUAAAAGAUUAAGGAAGGGUUAAGGGUUAUUGGAAUUUUUUAUCAAAAAGGUUGAGAAAGAUGUUGAGAUGAGAUUGCAGCAUAUGGUCAGAGAAACUUAACGGCAAGCUGAAAAUGAUAAGCUUAUCUGAGUUCCAUUAUCAAAAAAUUCUUCCAAGUUCUGAAUAAGGGGGGGGGGGGGGUCACAAUUGAAAAAUAUUUUUUUCAAGAAAAUAGUACCCUUUAGUUAAUCGCUAACAAUUAGAAAUGCAUUCAAUCAGAUGCCUAAAAGCUGUAAGAGGGCAAGAAACCUGAGAGGGUUGAAUGAUAUAGCAAGGUUUAACUAUUCCCAUGGAUAGCCAAACUUAUUUAAAAGAGAAUAUUAAGCUUACGAUUAACAGGUUCAGUGACCGAUUGUACCCGCAGCUGUUCACACACAGCAUUCAUGCGCCAUGUGGAGUAAUUAUAGACAGUUCACAUGCGCUCCCAUUCAAUUUUACCUUCAAACUACAGAUUUACUGAUGGGUGUGGUGACAUUUCCCCUUUGUUCGAUUAUCAAAAACACCUUGCUGUAGGAGUACGAUGUACUGGACACACCCUGAGCUUGUUUCUGUGAAACUGCAGCACUGUUAGUUCAAGUUUAUUGCAUAAGAGUGCUGUUGUGUAGUCAGUCUUUCACUUCAGCUGCUUUAAAACAAAGUCAGGGAAAGAAGGCUUUAGUAAGGAGUACAGGGAGAUUGGCAUUGAUUGUUACUAUACAUGCUGUUAUAAUUGAUCUGGUACACCCUUUUUUUAAGUGAUGUUUAUUUAUUCAUGCCAUUAUUCAGGUCAGACUUUGUUUAUAAUUUUUUUUUUCACCCAUGGUAUUGCUUUCUUUGUUAUUUUCAAGCAUAUUUGUAACAUUUUGAUUCAUUUUUUAGGCUUUUGUAGUUAAAAAAAAAAAAAACCCAAAGGUGGACAUUUUGUCAAAACUGUCGUGAACUUUCCUCGUUUUGUUGUCCUUACAUACAUUGGUUUCCUCAUCCUUUGUUAUCUCAGUUGUAUUAUUUAUUUAAUGAGUUCCUCUGUGUAUUAUUAAUUUAUGUCAUUUCCAUUCAACAGGAUCUAAGGGAAAGCGUAUUUCCCUGUAAGGCAUUAUGAAUGUAAUUCAAAGGCCAUAUGGUGAUAAACAACAGUAUUCUUUUGCACUUAAAUUAUUGUUGAACAUAUCCUGAAUAUUGCUGGAGUGAUCAGUCGUGAAUAUAUAUUUUUUAGACAAUGUAUAUGAAAUAAAAUAAAAAUACAUUUAGAAAAGAAUCGCUUUAACCCUAAAAGCCAUGCUAUAUGUCUGUAAUAUAUUAAGCACCACCUUUCACGGUUUCAAAAAACUAAAGAAUGUCUGAAAAUGAUGCACUGUGUGUGGUCUUAUGGGUAUUAUGAUGAACAAGAUGUAUUUUGCAUAUUCAGUAUUUUAAUUCAAGAAAUUGUUCUAUCCCUGAAUCCUCUAUAGUGUAAACACUAAAUGACUGUAAUUGUGUGAGUCAACAGUGAAUGUGUUGUUCAUUCUAUGGACCUGAAACCAUGACAAAUUUCCACCUAAAUAUUAUUUGUGUGACUGUACAGUAUGCGAGUGUAUUUAUGAUUAGUCCAUCAUCAGCUGUCGUUUCAAUAAACGCUUUUUGUAAAAUUGAA